GCUGUGAAGCUAUUUGAAAUACCAUUAAAUCUCAUCAUCAAGUCAGAAAAAUAACUUUAAAUUGAUAAUAAUAAUUGAAUUUCGUCAGGCAGUUUACAAGCAGAACCAACAAAAACACAUUAAAAAUUACAAUUUGAAUUGUGAAAUUGAUGCGAAUUGAUUGCAACCGAAAAUAGUGAUAACUAUCCCAUAAUAUUUGGAAAAGCACCAGAAAUUGUGAUUGAUUGAUUAAACCAUGAGUAGAACAAGAUCAAGAGAGGAUCAAUUUAAUAUUCCACCCGAAAGGAAAGACGACAUUAAGAACCUUGUAGUCAUAAAACAAGGCGUCAAGUCAAUCAUACGGGAAGAAUAUCGCGACAGAGUGAUUCAGUUUUUGGAUCAUCGAAGCUACAAAAUGACACUGAUUUCGUCACUGGCAUCAUUGUUGGCGUUGUACAAAAUUCAAGAAGCCAUCGAUGAUGGGAACCAACAAUUUUUUGUACAAAACGGUAAAACAUUUUUCAUUGAGUGCUUUAACGGUGUUUUAGCCGAUAAAGUCGACAGAGAGGAACUAAUGCCGCCAGCUUUUCGUAACAUUGUCGAGGCACACUUCGGUGUAGAGAAUUUUGAAUGGCCCGAUAAAGAAUGCCUGGGAAAUGGUUUUAAUUAUUUCUACCAAGAUCACAUUCGAAAUAAUCAGACCAAUCUCAACACUCAUUGUUCAGAACAUGUUGAAUCGUUUUUUCAAAUGAAACGCUGGUAUUAUAACAUGAAUAUCAAUGGCCAUCAAUACAAUGGAUCAAAAUUUGACGGCAUCGAUAUACGAAACGCAAAAGUUUACGCCACUAGUAACAAAGAUCUGACACAUGGUGAUGUAGAGAGAACAAAUAAGAUGAACAUUUUAUUGUAUGAACUGGAAAGAAUCGGUUGGCAGUGUCAAAAAGUUCAUAAUGAACAAUUGGUUCCGGUCACUGUCAAUGAGUUCGUUAAGGACAAUUGGUUCCAAUCACUGUGGAUGUUCGGUCAAAUGCAACGCCAAAUCGAAGUGUUUCAUCAAUAUUCACAACAAUGGCAUGCAUUCCGUCGCGAUGGAUUGAUAACGAACAAUCGACCGCCAAAAGUGAACAAUUUCGCACUUGUCCCGUUAUGCCGAUUCCAACUGAAAAACGUUCGAUUGGAUAUGACAGAUAUGUAUUAUUUGGCGAACACUGUACUAGGAGUGGUGCCAAGUUCUCGCAAUCCGCUGACCAAUCGAAUGAACAAAUACACACUGGACUAUUACUUGUACGGCCAUCGAGAUGAAUUGUGGAAUUUGGUUUUCGACAUGGAUAAAAUCAAAAAAAUCGCCAGCGAAGGCUUGGGUGGAAAAUUCGGAGCAGGCCACAUUUAA